GGGUCUCGGCGCCCCUUCCCCCACGCCUCCCCGCCCCCACGGCGCUCUUCUUUCUCCGCGCCCCACGGCGGGUAGGGGCUGUGCUCCCGGCCGCGCUCCGCCAGCCGCGGGGGAGCCGGAGCUCUUUGUGGGAAGAUCUUGGGGGCGCGUCCCUCCCCUGCGGCCAGGGGCUUCGGACAGGCCCUUCCCCCCGGCCCGCCCCAUUUCUCCAGCGCCGCCCGCAGCCCCUUUUUCUAAGGCCCCGGGGCAGGGAGGACAUCGGUGCAUGCCCGGGACCCGGCUGAUCGGGGCCGUGCUCCCUCGAGGCAAGGGGCUCACGCCGCGCUCGGGGACAGACGUGGGGGUGGGGGUGCAAAGCGGCCUCGCCCCUCGGCUGGAAUCCGUGAGGACCAGCCCUGCGAGGUGGGAGUAUCAGAUGAAGGAGGACCGUGCGGUCAGAGGGGCUGAGCUCUUUGUUUGGGUUCCGUGGAAGGCAGAAUGGGCUGAACUGGAACUGACCUAAAUGUCCACCAAAGGAGUGGUCCGGCAUGCUCUGCCCACCGCACGCUGAGGUGCCCUGACCAUGAGCCUCAACUCCUCCCUCGGCCACAGGAAGGAGCUGAGCAACCUCACGGACCAGGAGGGUGGUGAAGGGGGCGCCGUCAUCACCGACUUCAUCACCAUCAUUAUCAUCACCAUUUUUGUCUGCCUGGGCAACCUGGUCAUCGUGGUCACCUUGUACAAGAAGUCUUACCUCCUCACCCUCAGCAACAAGUUCGUCUUCAGCCUCACGCUGUCCAACUUCCUGCUGUCCGUGCUGGUGCUGCCUUUCGUGGCGACCAGCUCCAUUCGGAGGGAAUGGAUCUUUGGCGUGGUCUGGUGCAACUUCUCGGCCCUUCUGUACCUGCUGAUCAGCUCGGCCAGCAUGCUCACACUCGGGGUCAUCGCUGUGGACCGCUACUAUGCUGUCCUGUACCCCAUGGUGUACCCCAUGAAGAUCACGGGGAACCGAGCUGUGAUGGCCCUUGUCUACAUCUGGCUCCAUUCCCUCAUCGGCUGCCUGCCCCCUCUGUUCGGUUGGUCGUCGGUGGAGUUUGACGAGUUCAAGUGGAUGUGUGUGGCGGCGUGGCACCGGGAGCCUGGCUACACGGCCUUCUGGCAGAUCUGGUGUGCCCUGUUCCCCUUUCUGGUCAUGCUGGUGUGCUACGGCGUCAUCUUCCGUGUGGCCAGGGUCAAGGCGCGCAAGGUGCACUGCGGCGCGGUGGUCCUCGUGGAGGAGGACGCCCAGAGGGGUGGGAGGAAGAACUCCAGCACCUCUACCUCCUCCUCCGGCAGCAGGAAGAACGCCUUUCAGGGCGUGGUCUAUUCGGCCAACCAGUGCAAAGCCCUCAUCACCAUCCUGGUGGUCCUCGGGGCCUUCAUGGUUACCUGGGGCCCCUACAUGCUUGUCAUCACCUCCGAGGCCCUCUGGGGGAAGAACUAUGUCUCCCCGACCCUGGAGACCUGGGCCACGUGGCUGUCCUUUACCAGCGCCAUCUGCCACCCCCUGAUCUAUGGGCUCUGGAACAAGACGGUUCGCAAGGAGCUGCUGGGCCUGUGCUUUGGGGAUCGGUACCACCGGGAGCCAUUCGUGCCGCGGCAGAGGGCUUCCAGGCUCUUCAGCAUUUCCAACAGGAUCACAGACCUGGGCCUGUCCCCCCACCUCACUGCUCUCAUGGCAGGUGGACAGCCCCUGGGGAACAGCAGCAGCACGGGGGACACUGGGUUCAGCUGCUCCCAGGACUCAGGAACAGACGUGAUGCUGCUCGAGGACUACACAUCUGAUGACAACCCUCCCUCCCACUGUACUUGCCCCCCCGCCAAGAGAAGGAGCUCCGUGACCUUUGAGGAUCAAGUGGAGCAAAUCAAAGAUGCCGCCAGGAACCCUGUUCUUCACGUGAAAGCCGAAGUGCACGAGUCCUUGGACAGUUAUGCGGCCAGCUUGGCCAAAGUCAUAGAGGCCGAAGCCAAGAUCAAGCUGUUCGGGGAGGAGGCGUUGCCCGGGGUUCUGGCCGCAGCACGGACGGUCCCGGGGGCCGGCUUCGGGGGCCGCCGAGGCAGCAGGACUCUUGCGGGUCAGAGGCUGCAGCUGCAGAGCAUCGAGGAGGGAGACAUUUUAGCUGCAGAACCGCGAUGAGGGCCUCAGGGCGGACUGGCCCACAGAGGGGCGCCCCGGGGAAGGAUAUCUGGGGCGCAGCCACCCGGAAAAACGCUGACCACGGGGUCUUGUGAGAGCGCCCGCCGGCUCCGGGUGGGCCCUGGCGAUGGGACCAGAGACGUCGGAGGCUCCAGGGCAAGCAGACGGAGGUGUGGCCAUGACUUUUUGGGAGGGGGUAAUGGAAGGGAGACUAGGGACCGUGGCUUGGAAGGAAACGGCCGCGUGGGUUACUUCCUCUACUCCAGGACGUCCAGGGGCAGCCGGGCACUGUCCCAGAGGUCUCGGGAGGUAAGCCCUUCGCGGUGCUCCUGGAAGAACGGCACUUCUUCCUGCUAGAGCAGGACCGUCCCCUGCGCAUCCGCGUGGUUGGUGCAGGCCACCCUGAAUGCUCCCCGGAGGAGAACCUGGGAGCAGAGCUUCUCGCAGGGGCUUCCACGCCUCCAUCCUGGUGGGGACCUUGCAGUCAUCGGGGGCCGCCUGCUGGUGCUAGUGGGGGCGGCGCGGCCCCGGGGCUGCUGUCACUGGGGAUGGGGCCGCCCUGCCCCCCUCCCUAUUGACUGAUGCUUUGGUAUUUAAAAAGAAGGGAGCAACCACUAUACAAGACACGAGGAAGGAGCAGGUGCCAGAUGUUUCAUUUCGAGAACUAAAAAAAUAAUGCAUUUGGUUAGGGCCCCCGCCCCCCAUCUUCCCAAGCGGGAGCGGGGCUGUGGUGCCCAGCUGGGCGGGGAAACGGAGCUGCUGUUCUCCCGGGAGGGCGUCCCCUUCGCGCAGGGAGGCCUGGCGCCCGCUUGCUCGUGGUGUCCACCGCCCAGAGCAGCCGGCUUGCGGGCCCCGGGCAGCGUGCCACAGGACGGCGGAGAAAGGCGCUCCGCCGACGCUCUUGGCCCAGCUCCUCCUCUUGGACCCUUUGGGACUUCGUGUCACUUCUCGAGCCAUCCGGAAAGUGGGGCGUUGUGCUAAGAACGGUGGCCAAAACAGACACGUGGUCUCUGCCCUCAAGGAGCUUAUCUAGAUUAACCACUCAAGUGAAAAUAUAACUAUAAACUGGUGAGUGAACACGGCAUGCUCUCUCCAGCUUUCACGAUUUAUCCUUGCUGUUCCUCUGCUUGGGACACUCGCCCAGUUUUCCAGCUAUAAAGGUUCUGCUUACUCAUCUCAAUACAACUAUUAUCCCCUUUGUGAAAUGUUUCCCAGACUUUUUCAAACAUCCAACCUGCAGAAUGAUGAACUCCUUCCUCUACACUCUAGACUCUCUGUGUCUAUUGUGCAACGAAGAUCCUAACUGCAGGGACAUUUAUUUGCGUGUCUUCUUACAGACCAGACCUCAAGGGCUUUUUGAGCUCCUGCGAGGGUAGGAGUUUUUUCUUUUUAUCUUAUAUCCUCAGAGCCUCGUACAGGAUGUUCAGGGACGGUUUAUGAAAUAAACGCAUAGAAGUUUUACUGAGAUCAGAUAUGUCACAUUAGGGUAUGUAGAGAAGGCAACAGUAUAAAAGGAUGAGGAUGGAGCCCAUUCGGCCAAGAAGCAUUUGCCCAAGGCAACGUGGAAAAUACAAAGGUUAAACAUGGGGGGAGGGCUGAGCCCCACUGUCAACUGCGAGAAGACUGAAUCCUGAAAUUUGAUUACCUACAGAGGCUUAAACUCUCUCACUGGAUCUUAAGUCAACAAUACCAAGAGCAGUAGACAGAAGAGACUAUAUAUUUAUUGUUCAACUGAACUGGACUAAAUCCCCUCUGUGCAGACUCCAUUUCAAAGCCAAACUAAUGAGAUGAUGUAUGUGUAUAUGAUUUACAACCUAAAUUAUACAAAUUUUAGCUAUCAUCAUUAUUACAUAAGUGUUCAAUACACAUUUGCAAAAUAAGUGAACAAAAACAAGAUUUGGAUAGACCUUCAUAUAUCACCAAGGAAUCUAAACACAGUGGAAGAAUCGCUGAUCAAUAAAAGGCUACCUAACGAAUGUUAAUAUAAAAGAGAUGACAUUCUUUUUAUUGUGUGAUAUACUUUCAUGAGAGAAUAAAACAUGAGGUUGCUAUCAGCUUAAGUAGAUUACCAUGAAUGGGAAUCCUGGAUAUGACUGACUAAUUCAACAAACCUAUUCCUGUCACGUCGGAAGCAUGAGGAAGCAGGUCACACUAUUUCUUUCAAAGUGUGUAGGGUUCUUAUCCAAAUUCCUUUUGUCACACUAUGAAUGAAGAUGGGGAAAUGGAGGGUUAACAAGAAUUGUCUCAGCCUUUAAAUCAGGGAGUUUAGGGUAGACAUUAGGAUUCUGCAGAGUCCAGGGGCGCCUGGGUGGCUCAGUGGUUAAGUAUCUGCCUUCAGCUCAGGUCAUGGUCCCAGGGGUCCUGGGAUUGAGUCCCGCAUCGGGCUCCCUGCUCGGCAGGAAGCCUGCUUCUCCCUCUCCCACUCCCCCUGCUUGUGUUCCCUCUCUCGCUAUCUCUCUCUGUGUCAAAUAAAUAAAAAAAAUCUUAAAAAAAAAAAAAGGAUUCUGCAGAGUCCAAAGCAAGCCAUAAGGAGACAAGUGAGGGCCAAGAGUGUCUAAUACAGGUCAGUGAAUAACGGACAGUGGCUUCCAGAAUGAGGAAGAGGGCAGAAUAAUUGUUCUUUUCUCAAACCCAUCUCAACCAAUUGCUGCACAGUCCUCUCUCUCAGAAUGGAAACCCAGUUUCUACGAAUAAAUUAAAUGCAAUCUUUUGUUCAUGAAGUGCUACACCUCUGAGGCAGGAGAACUGCAAAGCAGCUCAAUGCUGACACCAAUCUCUGGUUGGCAGUUACAGACCGAGGAGGUCUGAGAAACACCCUUCUUUUAAAUGAAAACUGAAAAUAAGAGUCGCUUCUACAUCAGGAGACCCACCUCGAAAAAGCCAUAGACCCUAACUAACCAAUGGGUUAGUUACAACCAGGCACAGUUAGCAAAAAAGGGAAAACUCCACAUGUAGCCAUGCCCCUUCAUCUUCCCCCUUUAGAAACAGCCCCCACCCUCGGCCUCGUGGCAGACAGCCUGUCCUCUGCUUUCCUGAGCCACUGCUGGGCAGUGGAUUCGAUAAACUUCUAGCUCCUUUGUUCUGCCUCAGGUGGAUACUUUCACUGCCCGUGCCACCGGCUUCCACCCAAUCUGCUUCAUCCCACAUUUGGGGGCCCCCAUCCCAUCGAGAGAGACACCACAUUUAGACACCAUAGUCUUUAGUGAAGUAUUCAUGAGAAUGACUUUGGUUGGUUUUUGGAAAAUGCAAAAGCUCAAGCC